GUUGGCUUUUCUGUCGGACAUUCUGGUUAUACAGUGAUGGACAGAGGGGGGAGGAUCCGUCGUAACUUUCAAGACAUGGGAAUAAAUACUAGGGAGACGAUGACCCACGUCAAAGAUUCUAAAACAGGCUCCAGCGGGAUUCCUGUGAAAGUGAUAACCAACCUGUUUAGCUUAGGUUUGCCCAGGGAAUGGCAGCUGUAUCAAUACGAUGUAGCAUUUUUCCCAGAGCUGGAAUCGAGGCGUUUGCGGGUUGCACUGUUAUACGGCCAUGCAGAACUUCAAGUUACAGCGAAAGUAUUUGAUGGAGCGACUCUGUUUCUUGCACAGAAACUGGAAAACCGAGUCACUGAACUAUCUUGUGAAACACGAAGAGGUGAGACUGUGAAGAUCACCAUUACACUAAUCCAUGAGCUGAUUCCCAGCAACCCUGUGUGCAUUCAGUUCUUAAACAUUGUCUUUAAGAAGGUUUUGAAAAAGUUAUCAAUGUACCAAAUUGGACGAAACUUCUAUGAUCCUUCGGAACCAGUGGAAAUCCCCCAGCACAAAAUGACUCUUUGGCCUGGGUUUGCUGUGUCUGUCAGUCAGUUUGAGAACAGUGUGAUGCUCUGUGCGGACGUGAGCCACAAAAUCCUGCGCAGUGAGAAUGUUUUGGAGUUCAUGACAAACCUCUACAACCGUGUGGACAGGGCACGUUUCGCAGAGACAUGUGAAAAGGAAUUGGUGGGGCUGAUUGUCCUUACCAGAUACAACAACAGGACCUACCAUAUUGAUGAUAUUGAGUGGUCUGUGAAGCCAACAGAUACAUUCCAGAAACGUGACGGUACUCAGAUCACUUAUGAAGAUUACUACAAACAGCAGUAUGAUGCGGUCUUGACUGACCUAAAUCAACCCCUGCUUGUUAGCAAUCUGAAGACGAAGGCUGGCAGCACUGUUGAACCUCGAAUCGUGCACCUGAUCCCGGAACUGUGCUACCUGACAGGUUUGAGCAACCAUGCAACUUCUGACUUCCGAUUGAUGAAGGAUUUGAGCCAAGAAACUCACUUGACUCCGGAGCAUAGACACCAACGGCUGUCUAGACUUGCUGACAACAUUCAGAGAAACAAAGAUGCUCGCUUAGAAUUAGAAAGCUGGGGACUGCAGCUUGGGUGCCAGGCUUCCCUGACAGGCCGUGUGGUCACUUCAGAAAAAAUCCUCAUGCAGAACGAGAUGUGUAUGCCAAUGAACGCGGGAGAUUGGCUCAGAGAUAUGCGCAAUAUGAAGCUAAUUGGCGUUACACCUCUGGAGAACUGGAUAGUGGUGUGCAGCAACAGGAACUCCGAGCUGGCCCAUAAUCUUGUGAACUGUUUGAGGAGAGUAGGAGGUCCCAUGGGCUUUCGCAUUGAAUUUCCCAGAGUUGUGCAAGUACAAGAGAGCCCCACUGUGUUUGUGCGAGUCUUGCAACAGCAUGUGAAUCCUGAGGUUCAGCUGGUGCUCUGUGUGCUGCCGUCCAAUCAGAAGGACUGUUACGAUAUCAUAAAGAAGUUCUUGAGCCUGGAUCAGCCUGUUCCGAGCCAGUGCAUACUCGCUCGUACCCUGACCAAGCAAGGAAUGAUGAUGAGUGUGGCCUCAAAGGUUGCAAUGCAGAUUGCCUGUAAGCUUGGAGGGGAGCUGUGGGCCGUUGAGAUACCACUGAAGUUCCUCAUGGUGGUCGGCAUUGACAUCAACAAAGAUGCCAUAGCCAAAGGAAGCUCAGUGGUUGGGUUCGUGGCCAGCACAAAUGCUUCAAUAACUAGGUGGUACUCUCGCUGCAUUUUGCAGCACACAGGCGCGAGCACUGCAGAUUGCUUGAAGAUCUGUCUGAAAGGUGCUUUAAGCAAAUGGCAAAAUUGUAACGGACAGCUGCCUGCACGCAUCAUAAUAUAUCGCGAUGGAGUUGGGGAUGGGCAGCUGAAGAUGGUGGUGGACUAUGAGGUUCCACAGUUACUAACUGUGCUUGAUGAAUUCUGUGGAAAUUGCAGACGACCCAAGCUGUCCAUGGUUGUAGUAAAAAAGAGAUGCCCAUGCCGCUUCUUCACUGAAGCCAACAGAAGCCUGCAGAAUCCUCCCAUUGGGACAGUUGUCGACAGGGAAGCCACUCGACCUGAAUGGUAUGACUUUUUCCUGAUCAGCCAACUUGCACGGCAGGGGACUGUUAACCCCACCUACUAUAACGUGAUCUAUGAUGACAAUGGAUUAAAGCCAGACCAUAUGCAGCGCCUGACAUACAAGAUGUGUCACCUGUACUACAAUUGGAGUGGCCUCAUCCGAGUCCCAGCGCCGUGCCAGUAUGCCAGCAAGCUGACUUUCUUGGUGGGUCAAAGUAUCCACCGGGAACCAAGCUUGGAGCUUGCAGACAAGCUGUUCUAUUUGUGAAGGGCCUUGAACUGGAAGCUGCCACGCGGAAGCAGCACUGAGCAGCCUGGGUUUAGUUUCGAAAGGAUGUUGCUCGCUCUAGAAUCCGAGCA